UACAAAAUGAGCUGACGACAUCCGAGCAUUUUCACUAAACUGUUUGAAGCCAACCAGUACGGACACCAUAUCGACACCAUGUCACAGAUCGAGGAGGAGACCCAGUGGCUGCGCUCAACGAUUCUGCCAAAGAUUCUGAAAAGCGGACGCUUGGUGGACAACUACAGCGAUGCAAAGACGGACACCUUCCAGGUGGGAGACAUCGAAAUCGAUGUGAUUGGACAUGCGGAGGCCUUUAUGCUGACGACGUGCUACAGGACAACGAUUAACUUUGAGUACGACGGGGCGAAGUUCCAGCGGAAGAUGGUCGUUAAGAAAACACCCCAGCUGCCGCCACCCAUCUAUGAAUCCAUCCAGUUCGGAGCGCUCUUCAGCAAUGAGAUUAACUUCUAUACACAAAUUCUGCCAGAGAUCCAAGGAUUGGCUGGCGGCAAAUUCGCCGCACCCAAGUAUUACUACAGUGAACUGAAUCAGUAUUCGGCGGUGGUCAUCCUGGAGAACUUCGCGGAGCAAGGCUGGCGGGUAACCAAGGAUCGGGUGGGUCUAAGCCUGGAACACGCUCUGAAAGCCGUGAAUUACCUGGGAAAGUUCCAUGGUUUCGCCUACGCCUUGAAGCACAAGUAUCCAGAGCGUUUCGCCCAGCUGACCAGCGGUCUAAGGGAAUCCCGCUAUGCCAGCGAUGAGGUGCAUCCAGAUUGGAAGCUGACCGGCGAGACGGGUAUCAAGCGAGCAGCCAAGGCGGUGGCCACCUAUCAGCCCCAGAUCGAUGAGGAGUUUGUGAAGAAGUUCAGCGUUUUGAUCGCGGACAGCACGCAGUAUGGCAGGCAACGAGUGGCGCCAAGGGAACCUCUAGCUACGCUUUGCCACGGGGAUUAUGUGAGGAACAAUGUGGCCUACAAGUACAAUGACGGGGAGGAGCCGGAGGAGAUUAUGAUGUUUGACUACCAGACGCUGCGCGUGUCCUCGCCCAUGAUCGAUCUGUCGGUAUUCCUGGCCAUAUCCGUUUAUGCCGAUGUGCGGUAUGCCAAUUUUGAUGCCAUCUUCGAUGAAUAUUGCUCGGCUUUGUAUGGCAGCUACAAAAAUCACACAAAAGAAGAGGUUCCGGAGUCCAUGAGCCGGGCGGAGCUCCUGAAGGAGUACGUGCGUUUUCUGCCGUACAGUGUGUCCAUCACGGCCUUCUUCCUCAUGACCCUAGUUGAUCCUAUGGACAUUUCGCCGCAGGAGAUGUUUGCCACGCAGUUUACCCCAGAGGAGAUUAUAGAGCGCACGAUGACCCAGGGCGGCGAAGUGGUGGAUCGGGAAGUGGCCCACCAGAUUAAGGAAAUGCUGGAGUUGAGCCAAAAAUGUGGGGUCUCCAUAGACGAUGGCAUUGAUGUCGAGAAGUUGGCCAAGGCGUGAAAAGUAGAUAAGAAAUAAACAUUUCUUUGCUUCGGUGCUUAACAAUGACUAAAAA